AUGGCGCAGCGACAGGGCUCUAGCAAUGCUGUAGCAGGGAGCAUUCUGCUGGUGAUCCACGACUUCAUCGCACGGAGCCCGGACGAGCUCAGUUUGGCCAAAGGCGAUCGCAUUGAACUGUUCGAGAGGGACGAUGAUUUUGGCGAUGGCUGGUUUCUCGGCAAGCACCUGACGAAUGGUAACAGCGGCUUGUUUCCCGAAGUAUACACCACCCCAGCGCCCAAGGGCACGCUCGCAAGCAAUGGAGGCGCAUCACGUAUCAUCAGCAGUGGCGUCGGCCGGCCAGCGCAGUCCGCUGUGUCCAGCGCUUCACCUCGAAUCCCCUCUGCCUCCAGCACACAGUCGUUACCACCUCCUCCCAGCAUCAACGCGGCGUUACCCUCCACACAGUCUGGGACCCGUACAUCCUUGCCCUCGACUGCGUCACUGAGUGGCCGCACCUUCACCAUCACAUCCGACUCGCCGGUCAUGAGCGAGACACUAUCCGUCAUCGACGAGCACAUUACCGACAUGCAUUCCCCGCGUGUAUCAUAUGCCAGCGGCCACAAGCGAGACACUCGUGGCAGCAUGUAUUCCAGAGGAGAGCAGCCCAGCAUUCGUCGCUCCUACAUUGCAGGACACGAGACCGAUGAGGAAGAGCGGCAGACUCAUUCGGAGGAAGAAGUCAUGGCAUGGACACCGGCUCGCGUUGCUGAGUACCUGGAGGAUCACGGCGUGGAGAAGGCUCACUGUGACGUGUUCGUUGAGCAGGAGAUCAGCGGCGAAGUGCUGCUCGCCAUGGAUCAGAACAGUGUAUUCAUCAAGGAGUUCGACUUGGGGUCCGUGGGUCGCAGGUUGAAGACCUGGCAUAAAAUCAAGGCCCUGCACGAGGAGGUCAGACAAAGUGCUAGUUUGAGGCCAGCUCGAAGCGCUUCCGAGUACUCUACCCUGCUGGAUGGCGACGAGGACAAUGCCAGCACUGAUGCCGGCGCCGAUGUGGCUAGAAACCGGAGCUCGACCUUCGGAUCUGCUUCACUACCACGAGCACUAGCCACUAAGCGGCAGGGCGAUGACACUGUUCCAAUACGCAGUAGUACCACGCAGUCCACCAUGUCUCACUUGGCAUCGCCACCGAUUAUCAGACGGGACAACUCUGGUUUGUCGCCGCUGCAGAGCAUGACUUCAAUGUCACGACAGGAGAACACGUACCGGCCUUCAGCUCAAGGAGUCCGCAAUUUAAAUCACUCACGGAGACAUUCAAGCAUAGACUCCACCUCCACGGAUGGCGCUAGUCGCGCGGGCCACCGCAAGCUUCCAUCGAUCGAACGAGCGUGGCUCCCAGGACAGCCAUCACAGCCAAACGGCAAACCCCGACACGGGCAUACUGCCAGCACAGACUCCCAUGUCCUGGCGGGCAGGACACAGUUCCUCGACACUGCGCCUCCUGAGGAUGCCGAUCGCGGCUACUUUUCAUCCAACGAAGCCGACUCCAGGACUCGCAGAAGCGUGCUAUUGAAACGGAAUUCUGCAACACUCGGGCUGUCUCAAUCAAAACUCAGCAGUGAUUUCACGGCAGACGGUACCUACGAGCCAUCCAGCCCGGUCGAUCAAAUGUCGCGCGUGGAAAGUGUCAAAAGGGUCAUGGAUUUGGGUUUCGGUAGCUACCGUUCUCCCACAUCUCCUACGAUGCACAGCAAGCCUGUCAUGGCAGCACAGUCCCCGGCUAUGCCUCCCAUUGUUACUAAACUCGAGCCCAACUUCAAACAGUCGCUCAGMGCUACCCCAAGCAGCUCUUCGAAGACGCACGACAACGCGAGUGAUGCUUCGAGCGACAAAGCCACACCCAGUCCCUCCGGCAUAAACAGCGGAAUGUUCUCCUCCUUUUCCCAUGCCAGAGCCAAGUUCACAGGGCUCAGAUCGAUCAGCGAUGCAGUCACCAAAGACGAAAAAGUAAUGGGACCCCACUCCAAGCCCGUCACCUCCCCAACCAGAACUGAAUCGUCCACCCCGAGCACCGAGAAUCGAAGCAUGGAACUCAGCAAAUCUGACAAGACAUCGCGCACGUCCACUGGAUCGGGCGGCCUGAUGCCGCCUCCGGCCAGCACGAAAAGGCCGCGCACGAGGACUAAGAAGCUCACCUCGGCAUACACUAGAGGUCUUGAGAUCAAGACCCCUGCCGAGCAGAUGUUGACCUGCGACUACGCGGGCUGGAUGAAGAAAAAGAGUAGUUCCCUGAUGACAACUUGGAAGCCUCGGCUUUUCAUAUUGCGCGGAAGGCGGUUGUCUUAUUACUACUCGGAUGAUGACACCGAAGAAAAAGGUCUGAUAGACAUUUCGUUCCACAAAGUGCUUCCAGCGCACAACGAAACCUUGACUGGCUUUCAUGCGACCGUAACGGGAGCUGCGGGCAACGCCUCGAGCCCAGUUUAUAAUACGACUCCCACAAUAGCUGAACAGGAUCUCCGCGAUCAUCCGGCGAGGGAAGGGGAGGAAGACGACGGCCUGUUCAUCUUUAAGCUCGUCCCGCCCAAGGCCGGGCUGGCAAAGGGAGUGAACUUUACAAAGCCCACUGUGCACUACUUUGCCGUGAAUUCCCGACAAGAAGGCAGACUGUGGAUGGCUGCACUCAUGAAAGCAACCAUCGACAGAGACGAUACCGGAGUGGUCACCACUACCUACAGUCAGAAAACCAUCAGCCUGGCCAAGGCACGAGCAAGGCGCGAGCGUCCUCCAGGGUUGAAGGACGAAUUUGGCAGCGGUCUCGGAAUCGGGAUCGGGGAAGACGAGCAGACUUCUGCUGCUGCUGGCGCAGAUUCUGAGAAUGGAGUCCAAGCCGAAGACGCGAGCUCCAUGGCGCCCAGCACCACCAACGCCUCGGACAGUGAUACGCUUACGCAGCAAGAACGAGAGGCCAUCGCUGCAAUGUCUACACCUUGA